AGAUCCACAACAACCAAAAGUCUCAGAUCUCCAGCUCCACCGCCCCUCCUCCGUCCGAUUCCUCCGCCGCCGUCCUCCUCCGCCGCCUCCUCCUCCCGCUCGUCGUCGGCGUUUGCUGCUUCCCGCGUCGCCGCCGUGAUCCGCGGAGGGCCGUCCUCCUCGGCUGGGGCGCGAUCUUCCUAGGUCCGAGGUCCCUCUUCCCCCGGGCGGUGCGGGCCGCGCCAAUUCGGGAUCUGGUUCGGGGGGCGGGUUCCCAAUCUGGAUUCCAUCAUGAAUCCCUUCUCCUCCGGAACGCGUCUCAGGGACAUGAUCCGGUCAAUACGUGCCUGCAAAACUGCUGCAGAAGAGCGUGCUGUCGUAAGAAAAGAAUGUGCGGCGAUACGGGCUGCAAUCAAUGAAAAUGACCAGGAUUAUAGACACCGCAACCUGGCAAAGCUCAUGUUCAUUCACAUGCUUGGUUACCCAACACACUUUGGUCAAAUGGAGUGCCUUAAGUUGAUUGCAUCUGCUGGCUUUCCUGAGAAGAGGAUUGGUUAUCUCGGCUUGAUGUUGCUUCUUGAUGAGAGACAAGAAGUUCUCAUGCUGGUGACUAAUUCAUUGAAACAAGACCUAAAUCACACUAACCAGUAUAUAGUGGGACUUGCGCUUUGUGCUCUUGGAAAUAUAUGUUCAGCAGAAAUGGCGCGAGAUCUUGCACCAGAAGUUGAGAGGUUACUGCAGUUUCGAGAUCCAAACAUUAGGAAAAAGGCAGCAUUAUGCUCCAUAAGGAUUAUCAAGAAAGUUCCUGACCUUGCUGAGAAUUUCAUAAAUCCUACUGCUGCGCUACUUAAAGAAAAGCAUCAUGGAGUUUUGAUUACUGGAGUUCAACUCUGUACAGAUCUAUGUAAAGUCAGCUCUGAAGCACUUGAAUACUUCAGAAAGAAAUGCACUGAGGUUUUAGUAAAAACUCUGAAGGAUGUCGCAAAUAGUCCAUAUGCACCAGAGUAUGAUGUUGGUGGCAUUACAGACCCUUUCCUCCAUAUCAGAUUACUCAAGUGUUUGCGAGUAUUGGGGCAAGGAGAUGCUGAUGCCAGUGACAGUAUGAAUGACAUACUAGCUCAGGUGGCCACCAAAACAGAGUCGAACAAAAAUGCUGGCAAUGCUAUUUUGUAUGAAUGCGUGGAGACUAUCAUGAGCAUUGAAGAUAAUGGUGGCUUACGUGUGCUGGCCAUAAAUAUCUUAGGAAGAUUCUUGUCAAAUCGCGACAACAAUAUCAGAUACGUUGCAUUAAAUAUGCUGAUGAAAGCUAUUUCAGUGGAUGCUCAAGCUGUUCAGAGGCAUCGAGCAACAAUCUUGGAAUGUGUCAAGGAUUCUGAUGCUUCGAUUCGGAAAAGGGCACUUGAACUUGUUUAUCUGUUGAUAAAUGAGAGUAAUGUGAAGCCUCUCACAAAAGAGCUUAUUGAUUACCUGGAAGUAAGUGAUCAGGAAUUCAAAGGAGAUCUUACGGCCAAAAUCUGCUCUAUUGUAGAAAAGUUCUCUCCUGAAAAAAUCUGGUACAUCGAUCAAAUGUUGAAGGUUCUGUCCGAGGCUGGAAACUUUGUAAAAGAUGAAGUAUGCCAUGCCCUUAUUGUGGUGAUAAGUAAUGCAACUGAUCUCCAUGGAUAUACAGUUAGGGCGUUAUAUAGAGCAUUCCAGGCAUCAUCAGAACAGGAAUCUCUAGUUCGGGUUGCAGUCUGGUGCAUCGGAGAAUAUGGUGAUAUGUUGGUAAAAAAUGUCGGGAUGCUUGAUGUAGAGGAUCCAAUAACUGUGACAGAGUCUGAUGCUGUGGAUGUUGCGGAAAUUGCAAUUAAACGACAUACCUCAGAUCUCACAACUAAAGCAAUGGCCUUAAUUGCUUUGCUAAAGUUGUCUUCACGUUUUCCAUCUUGUUCAGAGAGGAUCAGGGAUAUAAUUGUUCAACAAAAAGGGAGCCUUGUCCUUGAAUUGCAGCAAAGAUCAAUCGAGUUCAACUCUAUACUCGAUAAACAUCGAAACAUUAGGUCUGCUCUGGUUGAAAGAAUGCCGGUUCUGGAUGAGGCCACUUUUAGUGGAAGAAGGGCUGCCUCUGUUCCAACAACUGUUUCACCCUCCACUGGAGCUUCUCUUAAAGUUCCAAAUGGAGUUGCCAAACCAACUGCAGCACCGCUGGUGGAUUUAGUAGAUCUUACUUCAGAUGAUGUCCCUGUUCCAAGUUCAUCCGGUGGUGAUUUCCUUCAUGAUAUUCUCGGUGUUGAUUUGUCACCAGCCUCAGCUCAUUCAGGUACGAGUCAGGCUGCAAAGAAUGACACGGAUGUUCUGUUGGGUAUUUUGUCUAUUGGAACGCCUCCGGCACAGAGCAGCUCAUUUACACCUGACAUAUUUUCUCCUAGCCAAAACCAGAAGACGCCAGUUGCCAGUCUGGAUGGCUUGUCAACACUUUCACCAGUGUCUACACGUGCAGCCUCCCCGCAAGCAGCUUCUCCUAUUAUAGACUUGUUGGAUGGCCUUGGACCCAGUCCACCAGUGCCUGAAAACAAUGGUCCAGCCUAUCCAUCCAUCGUUGCGUUUGAAAGCAGUUCCUUGAGAAUUAUGUUUGACUUUUCAAAGUCGCCUGGAAACCCGCAAAUUACAGUGAUUAAGGCAACUUUUACGAAUUUGUCAUCCAAUGUUUAUGCAGAUUUUGUUUUUCAGGCAGCAGUUCCGAAGUUUCUUCAGCUACAUUUAGAUCCAGCUAGUGGCAAUACUCUCCCUGCAAGUGGUAGUGGCACUGUCACACAAACUCUGAGAGUUACUAACAGCCAACAUGGAAAGAAAUCCCUUGUCAUGCGCAUAAGGAUUGCUUACAAGAUCAAUGGCAAAGAGGUUUUGGAGGAAGGCCAAAUCAACAACUUCCCACGUGGAUUGUGAGGAUGACCAAUUUUUCUGGAAAGGUUGAUGCUGGUUUUGUGUGCGCUGUUAUUUACUCAGACAAGAAGCCCCAACUUGUGUGAUUGUAGGACCGAUGCAACCUAAGGCUCAGUUCUUCAAUUCAGGUGCAUCCAUCCUUGCCUGUACUGGCUUGCAUCCAAUUUUUUCGAGCUUUUACUCAUGCCGAUGGUCUCUGGCCUUUUCCUCUUUCUCCUCUUUUUAUAUUAGUUACAAUUUUCUUCCCCCAAUAGCUGGUUUUGUAGAUUGUUACAGACUAUCUGUACAAAUAUGUGGGAACUGAAUGUUGCCCUCGAGGUGCAGAGAGGAACCUUUUGUGUCAUUUGGGGGAUUUGAGGUGCUGUUCUGCCUUUGCAAGCUCUAUUUUAUACCCUUUUUUGUUCCAAUAGAAGUGGCAAUGUAGUGUAUUCUUUUUUGUCAUCUUAAAACAGAUCUAGCUUUUGUCCAUCAUAUUUAAAUGAAGCGAUUCUUUAAGAUUCCAA